GGGAUGUGCCCGGGCUCACGGACAAGCUGCUGCUGGGUUCAGACACCUCGGGAGGAGAAGAACCUCAUGACUUUGCUCAAACCAUGGCAGAAACCCCCGAGGGGGCCAAUCCUCAGUGCCAGGUGCUGAUUUGUGCCUGAAGCCACCAGACCUGCCCAGGACAAAUAAGAACCACCUGGGAGACGCGCAGACACUUCAUUUUCCUCAGUGAAAAUACUGAUGACACUCAGCUGAAAACGUGUGCUGAUCCUGCCCCUUGAAAAGAGGGAAAGGAGCAUCCUGGGAGUUUUGGGAGAGGCACCGUUGCUCCCUGGGGGUCUCCUCCUGCCCACCGAGGAUCUGCGAGGCACGGGAGCUUCUCAGAGCUGCUGGGCUCUGCUCCAUGACUAACACAGAGGACGCUGAGAGAACUAUGGACUCCCCUCCGGUGACCUCCAGCCCUGCACCAGGGCCUGUUACCUUCUCACAAGUUUUUGGGCAGCAGUGCCAGCUCAUGGAAGCAGCCGUUGAGUCGCUGCAUUCCUUGAACGACCAGAUCUCCCAUUUUAUUGUCAACAAGUCAAAAACCCUGGAUGAGGAGGAAGAAGCCUUUUUGCCCAGCGAGAAGGAAUCUCUGAAAAGUGCCAUGAUGCUGAUGAGGCACCUCCUGAUGGAUGCACAGGAGAAGAUACAGCAAUGUGCCCAUUGA